CCACCUCCUUCCAUCAUAUCCAGACUCUCCAACUUCUCUAAAGAUGGCCUCCAAAUCACAAAUCAUCAUCUGCUCAGUUCUUCUGGCACUCGUUUUCUCGGGUAACUCUGCUCGUGUUCUGCUGGAUGAAGCACCAAAGGAGGAGCAACCAUCACUGCCAAAGCUAGAAUUUCCUCCAUUGCCGAAACUAGAGUUCCCUCCUAUGCCAGAAAUCCCUCAUGAGUUACCCAAACCGGAACUGCCUCCAUUGCCGGAGAUUCCACAUGACAUGCCCAAGCCUGAAAUCCCGCACUUGCCAGAAAUUCCUCAUGAGCUCCCCAAACCAGAGUUGCCUCCGUUCCCAGAAAUACCACAUGAAUUGCCCAAGCCGGAGUUCCCGGAGAUACCGCACCAGCAGCCGGAAGAGUCGCACCAGCCUUGAUAUGUUUGUUCUAUGUGUUAACAUCGUUUGAACUUUGAUGUUGUUGUCUUUGUUUCUCAUCAUCAGAUUCUGUCUUUCUUUCUUAAUUUUUAUUUUGGAUUUUUGUAAUUGAUGAGUGUGCGUGCUAUUUACAUGUUUAUAUGCAUUUUGGAUUUCUAUUGUGCAUUAAUUUCUUUAA